UACUAGUGAUCAGAUUUGGCUGUAGACUUGUGUAGUUUAUCUCCGGUCAUUUAAUUUCUUACCAUUAGUAAUUUUUUUAUACUUUCAUAAUAGUUUAAGGAUAGAGAAGUAUCAUAAAUGUUGCUAUUAAUUUGUUAAUUCUGACUUUUACAUUUCACAAGUUCAUGGUCUCUUAUGUUUUAUCGUUUACCGAUUAAUAGUUGUUGAUUACACUAACAUCGCUCUCAUUAGUCAAUAAGAACCCCUAAGAACUCCGAUAUCAUACAUUAAUAUAAAUAGAAAACGGCAACAAUAGAUUCUGAAAUGGAAACGCAGGAUACCAGUAUGACAAAUUUAAUUAUCAACUAUCUUCCCCAGUCAAUGACUGACAAAAAAUUACAUCAAAUGUUCACUCAGAUAGGGCAAAUUGAAGCUUGUCGUGUGAUGAAAGAUGUUAAGACUGGCUACAGUUAUGGCUUUGGUUUUGUUAAUUUUGUUCGCCCAGAAGAUGCAUCCAGAGCAAUUGAAGUGAUGAAUGGUCUUCAGGUAGAAAAUAAGCGUUUGAAAGUAUCUUACGCACGUCCUGCUGGAGAAGAUAUAAAAGAUACAAACCUAUAUGUACAAAAUUUACCUAGAUCUAUAACAGAAAGAGAACUUGAAGAUUUAUUUGCACCUUAUGGAAAAAUUGUACAAAAAAAUAUAUUAAAAGAUAAAUACAGUGGACUUCCAAGAGGGGUAGCGUUUGUGCGGUAUAAUAAAAAAGAAGAUGCUCAGAAAGCUAUUACCCAACUAAAUGGUGUUCUGUUAGAUGGCUGUACAGAGCAUUUAUCAGUCAAAAUUGCAGAGGAGCAUGGCAAACAAAAAGCUGCUUAUUUGGCCGGUCUCCAAACUGGCUUAGCACACAGAGGGGCCAAGCCUAAUCAAAAUAUUCAUCAAUUACUUAGAGGAAAUCAUAUCAUUGACAAAUACUCUAACGGAUUAAUACAGCCAAUGGAUAGGCACAAUAUUGGUGCUGUUCGUCAAGACAGAGCUAGUUAUCGUUAUACCCCAGUUGGUAUGUUUCCACCACAUGGUUAUAAUGUUGGUAUUGGUAAUGGGAACAUGUAUUAAAUGUAUGGAUUUCAUAACAUUAAAAGAUCAUACUUUCAUCAGAUGUACAGAUUUUAAGGUUUUUUUCUUUUUUAAUGUAAAUUAAAAAAAAUUACUUUAAUAAAAUAUUUAUAUAUAUAUGUAUAUUUAUUUACAUAUAUUAAGAAUCUAUCUUCAUAGUAUAUAUAAAAUGUGCUUGAUAUAUUUUUUUAAAUCCUAAUUAAAACAUAGAUGUCAUUUAUAAAGUAUAAUUAUUAUUUACUUUUUUAACAUUAAAAUUUUGUAAAUAAUUUUAACCAACAAAUAAAAUUCAUGUUAAUUCUUGAAAAAAAAAAAGAAUACUCUAAUUUAUAAUUUUACUUUUGAUAUUCUCAAUCAAUUUUAAUAGUUAAGUCUUAACUGCAUGAAAUAUAAACCUAUAUAUGUGCCUAAAUUUUUUGGUUUCAUUCAAUUUUUUACUAAGUGGUGAUUUUCACCUAUACUCCAAAAAGAUAUACCACUACAUCAAUUUCUGGAAAAUGAUUACCUAAAAAACAUAUUUUUCUUUUUAAAUGUUGUUAAUAUUUAUAUGUUAAAACUUUGUUUAUUUUUAAAUUUAAAUUCAUUUUAUGUAAUAUAAUUAAAUAUUGUUUUAAAAUGAUAA